AUGUUGUCUCAACUUGCGGCCCUCUGUGAGCUUGAUGAACAGGCGGCUCAUUUUCCGUGGAGAAGCUGCGCGGCAAUGAGUGCCGGUGCACGCGCAGAGACUCUGUCGGCAAUGCGACAGGAGUGGAGUUUCUGCAAUCGCUUCAUUGACACCUUGCAACCUGGGAGUCAGCUGCACACCCAACUGGGCGUCACACGGUACCAGCCGUACAGGGACCUGAUGAUCAAAGCAGAGUCCUUCGACUUUGAUGCCUCCCGAAUGAGCGAGCAGCAAAGCGCUGGCUUUCGUGAGACUGUGGCAGCCUUCUGCGGCUGCACUGGUGCAAACUCAGAUGCACUGUUAUCGUCAUUACCUUCAGAAUUGGCGUUUAACGACGUGCGUGACUGUGCACGCCGUGGGCAAAAGUCCGAGACAUCGGAUAUCAUCAACCUUCACGCCAUUGGAGUCAAGAGCUGCACGAAGCGACCCAGUGGGUGCGAGACGCUGGAGCUGACAACCGCCGACUGGCAGAAGCCACUGCGAGGCAAGGGCAUCAAAUGUCGAGUGCACAAUGCCCUCAAGUGCACAGAUGCAGAAUUGGGCGUCAGCGCAGAAGGGCUCACGCGACAUAAGAGCAACCGGGCUCUGACAAAGCCACACGUGUUUCACCAACGACUGCGGCUGCUGAAGCUGCUUCAGAGACGCUGGGAAAACUGCACCGGAGAUGACGAUGAACGACACGAACACGUCGUGCAAGGUUUCAAGCUGAUGUGGAGCUGCCGCCUGGUUCCUCGAGGCAGCUUUCUUCAGUGGACCGCAAGCAGAUCCGAAGAUGUGAGACAGCUGGUGCUGUCCUCGGGACCCCAUGGAGUCCUGCUUCUGCCGUUGAAAGCUGUUCGGGAUGAGGACUCCGAAUGCUUUUCCAUCUCGGAAUACAAGGUGCCGCGCGAGCUCGUGGAAGUGGGCCCUGUCGACAAAGCAGAAGUAGCUCUCGCUGCUGUGACCCUGGACAAGCAUGGGAAACUGGCUUGGAAACAGUCAACACCGUUCAUGUCGUUGCCCGAGUUCGUGGCAGACCAUACGAUCUUGGAAGUACAGGCGUCCUUGCUGUGCUCGCUGUGCUCCGCCAUGAAGCUGAAGGGUCACUCAAAGCUGUCCCAUCGCAGACGAGUGGAAGCGUUCUUGCAAGAAUUGGGCAGAAGUCAAGACUACAUCACAGGCAUCUUGGAAGAACUCCCCGAGAAAGAGGCCCCCGAUGCUGAAGAGGAUGAGCGCCUCGAAGGCCAGACAGACGACGAGGAGGAAGAGGACCUUAUGCAGGACCUACAUGAGCAGGAAGCGGAGGAGGACGAAAAGCAGGAAGAAACCGAGCCGCCGGUUCCGGCUGCCGCACAAGGAGCCGCAGAGGAAGGGAUUCCAGGGAAUGCUGGCCAGGCAGAGCGUGCCGAAGCCCCUGGCUUGCGGGAUGUCGACAUGCCAGAGGCAGAAGAUGAUGCUGGUGGUGCUGCU